CGCUCAGCCGCGAACGGAGAGCUGACUUCGGGCUCUGGCACAGCGACCCCCGCCGGCACAGACGGGAUUGCAGCGAGGUCGCCGGUCAUAGCAGGGAUUCUGGGAAACAGCUGGCUGGCAAUUCGCACUCUGCCCAGCAGAAGAUCUCACCUCCGUACCAACGAAGCCCUAUUCCUGAACCUGGCCAUCUCCAACCUCAUCACCAAUGUCCUGGUGGAUGUGCCGGACAUCAUGUCGGAGUUUGCUGGCGGAUGGUUCCUGGGGAAUAUGUACUGCAAGAUGUACUGGUUCUUCUCAGACCUCUCUGAAGCCAGCAGCAUCUUCUCCACUCUGCUGAUCAGUCUGUUCUGGUACCAGAAACUGGUGGGGUCAUUGAAGCGGGGUGGAUCUCCAGUGGCACUGGACAGCCUCCGCCUGAUCGCCCCACUGCUGGCUGGGGGUUGGGCUGUCGCUGUGCUCUUCAGCUUCCCCAACCUCAUCUACAGCUUCUUGGAAACCAGAAACCAAACUGCAGCUGUAUGCACAGUAGAGUUUCCUUCUCAGAAAGCCAAGGAUAUUUAUGAAAUCACAUACUUGACCCUGGGUAACGCCGUGCCCAUUUCUGGAAUAUUAUUUGCUAGCGUACAGAUCGUGGCGACCUUACUCCGACACAAGAAACGCAUCCAGGGAAUGGGUGCUGACCCACCCCCUGCUCCUCAGAUGCUUGGGCCAGAAGGAUCCAGCCUGCCAGGGGGGACAGCGGCAGGAGAAGCUAAAAAUAUUGCAUCCCCUCGACCCAGCAAGCCCACACCGAACACUGGCCCCGAAGUAAGAGCGGCCAAGAGUAAGGUGGCUGUGGCCAGCAUUUUCCUGGUCUGCUGGCUGACCCAUCUGAUAUCGCGCAUUUACAACAACGUUAGCGAGUCGUCCGUGUUGAUGGAUGUAGCUUCAUACGCCGGUUCCUCCUACACCAGCAUCAUCCCCUACAUCUUCCUUUACAGCAUCAGAAAGUUGACCUGCUCAUGUCGAGGGUGAAAGCACCAAAAACGCACCAGGGCGGUAUGUUCCUGUACGUAUGGUCAACUUAGUGUUCCAUGUAUGAGGUAAUGAUCUAGACAUAUGAUUCAUUUAUAAAGAACAACUGUGUUCACCAACAGUGUGUGUGACUUUUCUGUUGUACCAUACGACUCUAGUCACAUUGCUGCAGGUCAGACCAAACAGGUAAAAGAAAUUAAGGAGUGAUCAAAACUGAUUAACUAAAAAGAUUUUG